UCGAAAAUGUUUUCACACGACAUAGUAUUUGAUGGAGCAUUAAUGUCAAAUACUAGGGCUUCCCUCGUAAUAGAACUCAUUAAGUAUUUUCUGUAUGAACGUCAGCAGAUACCACUCCCUUUAGAUCAACUGAAAUCUCAUAUUUGCGAUUUUGGCAAAAAAUCUAACUGCAGA